CUCACUUACGUCCUUCACAGACAGUUUCAACAAUCCCAUCUCUCUCUCUCUCUCUCUCUCUCUGUCUCACAUUAACCAAAUUAAGCAGCUUACUAUUACCCAAAAAUCGACCGAAAAAUGGCCUUUGAAUCGAUGAAUAUGCUUCCGAAAUGUGAUGCCAAUUACGCAGCUCUCUCUCCCACAACCUUUCUCAAGAGAGCUGCUGCCUUUUAUGCCGACCGUACCUCAAUCAUCCAUGAAGGCACUCGCUUCACUUGGGCCCAAACCUACGACCGUUGCUGCCGUCUCGCUUCCUCCCUCGUUUCCCUCAACAUCGUCAAACACGAUGUGGUUUCAGUAUUGGCUCCUAACAUUCCGGCAAUGUACGAAAUGCAUUUCGGAGUGCCCAUGGCCGGGGCCGUUCUCAACACCAUCAAUACCCGCCUGGACGCCAAAACCAUAGCCUCCAUUCUCCGGCACUCAGGAGCCAAAGUCUUCUUUGUCGACUACCAAUUUGUCCCCCUGGCACGUGACAUCCUGAGGAUUCUCACCACCGGAACUGCCGGCACAUCCAUGCCGUUGGUCAUCGUGAUCGACGAUAUCGACUCCCCCACUGGCAUUCGACUCGGCGAGUUGGAGUACGAGCAACUCAUCAAAAGGGGCAAUCCCGGAUUUGUCUCCGUUCCGGUCGAUGACGAAUGGGACCCCGUCGCUUUGAAUUACACCUCCGGAACGACAUCGGAGCCCAAAGGCGUUGUGUACAGCCACAGAGGUGCAUUCUUGAGCACCCUGAGCCUAAUUUUGGGCUGGGAAAUGGGGGGCGAGCCUGUUUAUUUGUGGACCCUCCCCAUGUUUCAUUGCAACGGCUGGACCUUCACGUGGGGCGUCGCAGCACGCGGCGGCACCAACGUCUGCCUCCGUAACACCACUGCCUACGACAUCUACCGCAACAUUCACCUCCACAAGGUGACGCACAUGUGCUGCGCCCCCAUCAUCUUCAACAUCCUCCUCGAGGCCAAAACCCACGAGCGCUGCGAGAUCUCAACGCCCGUCCAGAUACUCACUGGCGGAGCCCCUCCUCCGGCCCCUCUCCUCAAGAAGAUCGAGCCGCUAGGGUUUAAAGUAACCCACGCGUACGGCCUGACAGAGGCAACAGGCCCCGCUUUGGUCUGCGAAUGGCAGGCCAAGUGGAACAAGCUGUCUCAGGAUGGUCAGGCCAAACUCAAGGCAAGGCAAGGCAUAAGCAUAUUGACUCUUGCCGACGUGGAUGUAAAAAACAAGGACACAAUGGAGAGUGUCCCCCAUGACGGGAAGACCAUGGGGGAGAUUGUUUUGCGUGGGAGUAGCAUCAUGAAAGGGUAUUUCAAGGAUCCCAAGGCGACCAAGAAGGCGUUCCAGAACGGAUGGUUCUGGACUGGAGACGUCGGGGUUGUACACCCGGACGGCUACAUGGAGAUAAAGGACAGGUCGAAAGACGUGAUCAUAUCAGGAGGAGAAAAUAUUAGCAGUGUGGAAGUUGAAAAUAUGUUACAUGGGCAUCCAAAGGUGUUAGAAGCAGCAGUUGUGGCAAUGCCACACCCUCGAUGGGGAGAGAGCCCUUGUGCUUUUGUGGCUCUCCGAAGCAACGCCGAGGGGGCAGCCACCGAGUCCGAAAUCAUUGCUUACUGCCGGAAAAACUUGCCGCAUUUUAUGGUGCCCAAGAAGGUGGAGUUUCUGCCCCAGCUGCCCAGGAAUCCGAUGGGCAAGGUUCUCAAAAACGUUUUGAGGGAUCAGGCAAAGUCAUUCAUCUUAUCCGAAAGUCAACAGACCGCCGUUGAUUCCCACAGCAAUGAUCAGCAGAUUCUUGCUUUGUCGCGUCUUUGAAUGGUUUAUCAAUAUUUAAUCUCAAAACUCCUUUUUUAAUGUGUUAUUAUUUCACGAUUUUAUAUGGAAUAACCAUUUGUACAGUGGAUUUAUAUCUACGAGUUACAGAAUCCAGUAUGUUGUUUAAUCUUUUCUGUGAGGUUGUGAGGUCGGCUGCGGCUUCAUUUUUAAUCACAAUUGUUUUCACAAGUCCAA